AUUGAGGUUAUGUUGUGUUUACUAACAUUCCAUUGCACCCUAUCGUUUCGUUGACUUCUCAGUGCACCCCCGCUACCAAUUAAUCCAAAUUCAUAAUAAAGUGAAUGUCAGUAAUUUCAGAAAAAUUUUAGAAAAAUGCCUAAAGUCGUAUCGAGAAGUAUAAUAUGUUCUGACACGAAAGAUCAGGAAGAAUACAGUGAAGAAAAACCCCUGCACAUCUACUAUUGUUUAUGUGGACAAAUGACAUUGAUUCUUGACUGUGCAAUCGAAAAAUUACCCCUGCGAAAACGUGAUGGAGCACGAGUCAUUGAUGGCAGCAAACGAGCUCAUAAAAUGACAAGUGAGCAGGACGAAACAGUUUUCCUGAAGCGUCAGGAAGGAAUUGAGAAGCAAUACCGACAGAAAUGUAAAAAAUGUGGGCUUUUAUUGUAUUAUAAACACGAACCCUCAGCGAAUAUUGUGUUUGUAGUGAAAGGGGCUGUGAUAAAAAGCUCCGGAGAAGGUCCAAUGACUGAUAUCUACAAUCAAGUAGCUGUUGAAAAACCGAAAAAAAUAAUGGUGACCAAGCACACGAAGAAUAUGGGAAAAUUCAGUUCAGUUACUGUAUCUACUAUUGACGAAGAGGAAGAUGAAAUUGAAGCCAGAGAAGUCGCUGAUUCUUAUGCCAAUAAUGCGAGAAUCAUCGAAAAACAAUUGGAGAGAAAAGGAAUGACUAAGAGGAAAACAAUGCCACCACCGGAGGUAGAUCCUUCCAAGAGAUCGAGACCUCGAGGAACUCUUCUAGAUGUUUAAUUAACAAUUUUUCUUUCUCAUCUCUAUUGUAAAAAAUAUAUUGCAAAAUAUUACUGCAAAUAUAAUAUUGUCUGCAUUACUGUAGAAAAUUCAUUCUAUGAAAUCUUUUAUUAAUACACACGUGAUGACCCACA